UCUCCAUUCUUAAAGCUAAUUGAGGUCAAUUAUAACCAUCAUUCAUCGAAAGACCAUGACUGGCUCUGGCUCUCCUUGUGGAGCUUGCAAGUUCUUAAGAAGGAAAUGUAUAUAUGGAUGUGUGUUUGCCCCAUAUUUUUGUCAUGAUCAAGGAGCAUCUCAUUUUGCAGCCAUUCACCAAGUGUUUGGAGCCAGCAAUGCUUCAAAAUUGCUCUCUCAACUUCCCAUGGAAGAUCGGUGUGAAGCUGCCAUUACAAUCUAUUAUGAAGCUCAAGCUCGCCUCCAAGACCCCAUCUAUGGUUGCGUUUCUCAUAUAUUUUCCCUCCAACAACAAGUUGUGAAUUUGCAAUCCCAACUAGAGAUUCUAAAGCAACAAGCAACACAAAGCAUGAUGGCUUCUGAUACCCCAUCCAUAGAAGACCCUAGUUACUAUCGUGAUACUAAGCUUCAACAAUCUCUAGAUCUCCAUCGUCAUCAUAAUAAUCAUCAUCAAGACAGAAGUUCGGAGACAGAGUUCAACUCCGAUCUUAAAGAUAUAGUGACGUCUUACUCUGAAUUAGAUCAACACUUGAAAACUUUUAAUCAGCAUCAUAAUGGCAAGGAUAUUCUAUCAGCGGGUUUCGGGUACAUCUCGUAUUCGUGAUGAUUUUGGUGAAGAUGUGAUUGAACAUAUCUUGCAUAUUAAUUAAUAUAUUUUUGUAACUUAUAUCAAGUUUAUAAAUUAAUAUGAAUAAAAUGUUUUUAAUUUA